GCCUCACAUCGCCUUUGACAGCUGGACUCUCUGGACUGCGUAUAGACCCUGGGACAGUGGUACUGCUUGUGCAGUGUGAGGUCUAGGCCAAUUCCUCUCUGCACUGAUUGUCACUCUCAGCUUCCCCUGACGUGCUCCAUCCAAAACAGACUUCCCGUGCGGAUCGCGAACCACCUCUCUGCCCCCCCGAAUCCCAUGCUGAGAGCAACUCGGUCAAUCGACUCCUGAGCUUCCCCCGCCCUCUCAUCUCUAGACAAGUUCAACUACAUAGCUAGAUUCCCCGAUGGCCUCAGCCGGUGGCCUGACGCGCCGAAGAGGAGGCGGUCGAGUCGCUGGCGGAGACGACAAUGAAGGCAGCCGAGUGUCGUCCCCCACGCCCAAGAAUGGAGUCCCGGAGACAUCGUUCACCAGCGAAGAGAAUGGCCACAAGAUCGCUUUUGAUCCGAGGGACAUCAGCGAGAGUGAGGAGAGGAGCAAGCAGCCCAAGCUGACGCUCAUGGAGGAGGUGCUGCUACUUGGACUUAAGGACAAACAGGGCUACUUGUCUUUCUGGAACGAGAAUAUCUCCUACGCGCUGCGAGGAUGCAUCGUCAUCGAGCUGGCCUUCCGCGGCCGGAUAAGCAUGCAAAAAGACUCCUCCCGGCGGCGCUUUCCCCUGGCCGAUCGGAUAAUCGAGGUGGUCGAUGAUACCCUGACGGGAGAAGUCUUGCUGGACGAGGCGCUGAAGAUGAUGAAGACGAGCGAGAAGAUGAGCGUUAGCUCCUGGAUUGAUUUGAUGAGCGGUGAGACGUGGAACCUGAUGAAGAUUGGCUACCAGCUGAAGCAAGUCCGUGAGCGUCUUGCCAAGGGCCUUGUCGACAAGGGAAUCCUCCGCACAGAGAAGCGUAAUUUCCUUCUCUUCGACAUGGCAACACACCCCGUUGCCGACGGUGGUGCCAAGGAGGAAAUCCAUAGACGUGUCCGCAACGUGUGCAGCAACCGUACUGUGAUCCUUCCUCCCAGCCCCUGGCUCCCAGAAGACGCCGAGUUCAGAUACCUUCGGACAAUCACCAUGGUGUGUGCCGCGUACGCCGCCAACGUCCUUGAGAAUGCGCUGGUCACAAUGAGUCACGAGGCUCGUGAGAGAGCUUUUGCACAGGUGGACGAGCUACUAGCAGAAUACUCCCAGUGGCCAUUUGCGCGGAGGGGUGGCGGUUCGCAGGGCAUUGGCGCCAACCUGGCGCAAGCCAUCAACGAUGAAGUCAACAAGGCGAAGGAUAAGGAGCUCCAGCUUGAGAUCGUCGCGGCUUGCCUGAGCGUUUUCACUCGUCUUGAUUCCCUCCUAUAA